AUGUUAUCGAAACUGUUAAGUAGACAAGCCGUUUUUGCAUCAACUCAAAUUCGCAACUAUGCAAUCAAACAACCAGCCCAGUCUUCAAUAAAACAAUGGGCAACAGAACAUUCACCAAAAUUUGUCACUCAGUUGAAGAACCAAACAGCCCAGGCAGCUUCCACAUUGAAUAAGAGAACAGGUGAAUUUCUUGCUGAAGGAAUCGACGUGGCACAACAUCUCAAACAUCAUAGUGAUGCUAUUCACAAAGUACGUGCUGCCCAGCGUGGAUACAAGAGCUUAAAGGAUAAGGGAGAGAAGGUUGAGAGCGAGCAAUGUCGUCCUGACGAUGGAUUGUGA